AAGCAUCGCCCCCACUUCCGGCCACUUCCGGCCACCUCAGGCCUUUUCCGCUUGUUCUCUGCUGGUUUUAAUCUCUCCUUCUCAGGUUGUUUCCGACUGUAGGCCCGGGUCAUCUAGCACCCCUUUCCUGCUACCAGCAGUUCGCUGCUCAUCCGGUUUCUGUCCGAGGUUUGGAGCAACUCUGCCGUGCAAAUUCGCGGAGCGGUCGGGGCUGAGGCCUUCCGCGCACAGUGAGUCCGCGCAGACCUGACCCCGCGUCUACCUACAGCUCCGUGGAGGCCACCGCCGCCUCCGCCUAGGGAUGCCGCGGCUGGGGUCCGCGCAGCGCUGGGCGGCCGCUGUGGGCCGUUGGGGCUGCAGGCUGCUCGCGCUGCUGCUGCUGGUGCCGGGACCCAGCAGCGCCUCUGAGAUCACUUUCGAGCUGCCUGACAAUGCCAAGCAGUGUUUCUACGAGGACAUCACGCAAGGCACCAAGUGCACCCUCGAGUUCCAGGUGAUUACUGGAGGUCACUAUGAUGUAGAUUGUCGAUUAGAAGAUCCUGAUGGUAAUGUGUUAUACAAAGAGAUGAAGAAACAAUAUGAUAGUUUUACCUUCACAGCUUCUAGAAAUGGGACAUACAAAUUUUGCUUCAGCAAUGAAUUUUCCACUUUCACACAUAAAACCGUAUACUUUGAUUUUCAAGUUGGAGAAGACCCACCUUUGUUUCCUAGUGAGAACCGAGUCAGUGCUCUUACCCAGAUGGAAUCUGCCUGUGUUUCAAUUCACGAAGCUCUGAAGUCUGUCAUCGACUAUCAGACUCAUUUCCGUUUGAGAGAAGCUCAAGGCCGAAGCCGCGCAGAGGAUCUAAACACAAGAGUGGCCUAUUGGUCAGUAGGAGAAGCCCUCAUCCUUCUGGUGGUUAGCAUAGGGCAGGUAUUUCUUCUGAAAAGCUUUUUCUCAGAUAAAAGAACCACCACAACUCGUGUUGGAUCAUAACUACGUUUUGAGAAUUGAUGCACCAUUGCAACUAUAAUAUUGCUGUCUUCUAAUUAAUUAAUUUUAGGUACUGAAGAACUUGAUAUUGGCAACAUUUUCAAAACCUUAUUCAUAUACUUGUUAGGGGGUUAUGUACAAUGCAUAAACCCAAACAGUGGAAAGGACACCUUUUUUUAUUUGUAAAGGUAUAAAAACUUUGGAACUUAUUUUGGGCUAUUCAUGUUAAAUAUUCAACACCAAUGAUCUGCUCUUUGUUGUUUAUAUCUACUCUUUGCACACUAAACUUUGGUAUUUUGAUUUAGCCAUUUAAAAGUACUUUUCUUAUAGGUAGUGGAUACUUUAAAAACCUUUGAUUUAAUGUCUACAUGUGUUGUGGAGGAAGAAAAUUGCCUUUUGAUUGUUUAUAGUAAAUAAGGAUUUGUUUUUCAGAAAUGCAUAUGUGAUUAACUGCAGUCCACGCCCUAUUCUGCACUGUUUAAUUUUUAUGGGGGAAGAAUCUACAAUAGAAAUGUUUGUUGAUAUUGAUAUAAUUUUAAAUCGAUACAUCAUGGUAUAAUUUAUUUAUCACUAGCUUGGAAAAUGUCAGAUUUUGGCAGGGAGGCAGUUUAUUCUAUGAUUUAUAACCAGAUAUGUUCUUUUUUUCUUAAAGACAUUCUUCCACACAAAAUAGUGUGUUUCAGUAACAUCAUAGGGUUUAUAUGGGCCUUAAAAAUCAGAUUGUCAUGAUAAAAUAAUUAAGAAUAAUUAAAGUCACUACAAUGUCUUAUAGUGGAGGGGCAAAUGAGAAAAUUUUUAGUGAGUUAUCUGCACACACUACAUUUUCAGUGCUUUUACAAAGAAAAAAGGUGAUCUGUUUCAUUUUAACAUUUUAUUGGCUGGUUCUUGCCCUUAUGUGGCUUUAAUGUCUGAGUCAUUCCCAACUUAAAAUGACAGUUGUAAUAUUAGUAUCGUAAAAGUGCCAUACAUUUUAUCCUGAUUGGUGUGAUACACUGAAAAAUUAGUUUUUCCCUCCUUCCUUCCCUCCUUCCUUCCUUCUUUCUUUCUGUCUUUCUUUCUGUCUCUCUGUCUCUUUGUCUUGUACAUGUAAUUUGUACAGUCUCUGCUUAGCAGUCCUAUAAUUUAAAAAUUUAGAAUGCUAUAUGUGUUUUUUAUUUGAUAAUCUUCAUUGACUGUACUGCAUUUAAUGAAUAUUAAAUAGUGCAUAUUCUGUACACUAUAGGGUUUAGACUGUGUUUGUAUUUUAUAAUUUGCGUAGAUUAAGCUGAUUGAAAUAAGAUUUUAUUCCAGGUAUUCUAGAGUAGAAUACGAGGUGAUGCAAAUUGUAUAGGUGGUUAAAGCUUUUCUGCCCUUUUAAAAAAAAAUUUGCAACUGCUUUUUGCCGUGCCUAUCUCCUUCACCCAGAAGUGAUAAGUGCUGAACAAGACUCAUUGUAGAGACUUUCUUAUGUGGUACCAUAAAAUACUGAUGGGAUACUAAUUCUAGUCACUUAGCACUACUGACUAGAAAUAGAAGUUAACUCAACUCUAAGCUGUGUUAAAAUGCAUAUAUUUUCUACUGCAUGAAAGCGAAAGGAAUUCAAGUUGUCAUGCUGGCUAGUUUCAAAUGCUACAGUGUAGCAAGGGAUAAACAUGUUUUUAACCCUUAAAUUCUAAAAUUUUUGAAGACCAAAUAGCUAAUCCUUAAACUAUAUCAAGAAUUAAGAACUGAAGUUUAAGAUUGCAGAUUUAUCUAUGUGGAUUCUUAUUUUGGAGUUGUCCUGCAGCUUUAUAAGUGUCCCUCUAUUUUAGAUUUGAAAUUUUUCAACACUAAUGUUGAUGUGAUUCAUAAGCGUGGGUGUGUAUUAAAUGUCCUUUUUGGUUACCUGUCUGCUCUAUUGUAUUCAGAUUCUUAGACCAUAAUUAAGCAGAGUCAGGUAUCAGUGUGCCGAGUUUGGCAUAGAUAAUGCAGUUAUUUCAUCUUUGCCUAUCAAAACUUCAUAAUAUUAGACUAUUACUACAAAUAACUUUUGAUGAAACUAUUGAUACUAAAAUGUUCGAAAUAUCUGCUGUUCCUAUUGUAGAAAAUAGUACAGGCUUAGUCUAGUUUGUAUGUAAUUGGUUAAUGUUUGAUGGAUGGCUGUCUAUACUCAACUGGGUAUGUAUAUAUAAUUUAGAAAAUACGUAUCUGUCCAGACAUAAGUGUUAAGUAAACUUUUUUCUUCCUCUUCUAUAUAAUUUGUAGCUCAUUUUUUUUCUUUAAUCCUUUCAUAACUUGCUACAGCAGUUUGAAUUUCCUGAAUGUUUAUGUUUCAACAGAUGGCUCAGAAUACAUAUUUAAACACCAUUAGAUGUAUAUAUUUUUAAAGUAGAAUAAAUAAUGGAAAGGGACUUGAUAUACAAGUUUAUACUAAAAUUUCAACUGUGUGAAGAUACAUUAGAAGAUAUUACUUUGCUAAUACUCUAAACAUUCUUUUUUCUAUUAAAAGAAACGGUUUAUGGUUCAUAACUUUAAUUCUGGCUUCAUGAUAAUCAGCUUUGAAAAUACAAUGGACCGAAGAGCAAUUUUAUUCUUUGGAAGAUUUCAUUUAAAUCUCUGUACUAUCCAUUUUUUCUUCAGUUUGUAAAUGUGUAAUAUUGAUCAUUAACUAGGACAAAGCAGACCCUAUGACUAUUGUUUUCAAGAAUUAAAUUAAUAUAUAAAUAAUUCAAAGAGGUCUUUCAUUUACUUUUGAAGAGAAAACUUGCUCUGAACUGAUAUUGGUUCUGUAGGUUUGCACCAAUCCUUGUAGAAUAAAAAUAUCUUUCAACAAACUGACUUGUUUCUAUUAGGAUUUAAGCCCUUUUAAAGAUCCGUAUCAGCUUGCAGCUUGGAAGUACAGUUCUGUAGCGAGAGUGCUUAUUUAUUUGCUAUUUCAUUGAAGCAUCUUAGGAGCUGGCCAAGAAAGAUAAAGAGAAAUACAGGUAUUCCCCACUUUUCGAAAGUUCACAUUAUGCCACUUCGCUUUUGCAAAACAUCUACAUUAGAUGUACCUGUCUUCACUAACUGAAGGAAGUCUGAAAAGGACGUCUUAAUGAGAAAACGUGAAAAGUGAAAAUAGCAUUCAGCAUUUGUUUUGCAGUGAGCCAUUACAGUCAGCAACCACCUAGAGCAGCAAGAGUGGCAUUGCUUUUACUAUAUAUUAGUGCUAUUUUAGGUUUUAUGUGUUAUUUGGUAGCUUAUUUGGGGGGGGGGGUCUUGGAAUGCUUAAGAAAAUUUCCAUGUAAAUUAAUGAUAAUUGAUUCUUUGUGUUACCCCAUUUUGGCUUAUGAAAGGAAAGCUCUGCUUUCAGAUAGCAGAGGAAAGCUGUACCACCACUAAACUGCCUCAUUUUUAACCUCCUUUUUGCAUUUCUUACUGAAAGUUUACGUGAAAGGCAGUUAAGCCUUCAGUUCCCUUAAAAGCUCUUGGUUUUUAAGUACAUUAGCCUUAGGUUGUAUAAUGCAAAGUUGCUUCAUUUUUUUUUUUCUUUAUAAUGUAGUCAUAGGGGAACAUGGUUCUUGAGCACAAUUCUACAAAAAAAAAGGAGAAAUAACAGUAAAUAUAGAUUAACAUUUAUUGAAUGCUUACCCUGUACCAGGCGGCGGGCUGAAUAUUUUACUUGUAUUGAUAUAUUUCAUCACUGCAAUAAUCCUGUGAACUAAGGAUAUUCCUGUUUUACAGAUGAGGAAAUGGAGGCAUCAAGAGGCUAGGAAACCUGCCCAUAUCUCAGUAAUUAGCAGAGUCUGCAUGUAAACCCUGGCAGUCUGACUCCAGAGCCCUCUUUCUCAACCACCAUGCAGUACUGCCUUACCAGCACUAGUUAAGGAUGGAUAUCUGAAGGCUUAGCCCUCUUGAUUUCAGUGUAGCUCAAUAGUGCUUUAGGGUCAAGUUCAAAUCAUGGUUGUGUGACCUCACUCAAAUGACUUUAUUAAACUGUAUAUUUCUGUUUCUUCAUCUAUUACUAAGAUAAUAUCUACUAUAAUGAGAAUAUAAUGAAAUGUUUAUAAAACACUUAAGAUCAGUACCUAUCAUACAUAAGCAUUUAAUAAAUAGUAGCUAUAUUUUUAUCACUG